AGGAGGAAGCGCCAGGUCCUUCCCGCCGCCGCCGCCGGCUCCCCCGGCACGCGCCCCGCCGCCCUCGGCAGCCGCAGCUCCGUGUCCCCUGAGAACCAGCCGUCCCGCGCCAUGGGCACGCGUCUGCCGCUCGUCCUGCGCCAGCUCCGCCGCCCGCCCCAGCCUCCGGGCCCGCCGCGCCGCCUCCGUGUGCCCUGUCGCGCUAGCAGCGGCGGCGGCGGCGGUGGCCGGGAGGGCCUGCUUGGACAGCGGCGGCCGCAGGAUGGCCAGGCCCGGAGCAGCCGCAGCCCCGGCGGCCGAACGCCCGCGGCGCGGGACUCCAUCGUCAGAGAAGUCAUUCAGAAUUCAAAAGAAGUUCUAAGUUUAUUGCAAGAAAAAAACCCUGCCUUCAAGCCGGUUCUUGCAAUUAUCCAGGCAGGUGACGACAACUUGAUGCAGGAAAUCAACCAGAAUUUGGCUGAGGAGGCUGGUCUGAACAUCACUCACAUUUGCCUCCCUCCAGAUAGCAAUGAAGCCGAGAUUAUAGAUGAAAUCUUAAAGAUUAAUGAAGAUACCAGAGUACAUGGCCUUGCCCUUCAGAUCUCUGAGAACUUGUUUAGCAACAAAGUCCUCAAUGCCUUGAAACCAGAAAAAGAUGUGGAUGGAGUAACAGACAUAAACCUGGGGAAGUUGGUGCGAGGGGAUGCCCAUGAAUGUUUUGUUUCACCUGUUGCCAAAGCUGUAAUUGAACUUCUUGAAAAAUCAGUAGGUGUCAACCUAGAUGGAAAGAAGAUUUUGGUAGUGGGGGCCCAUGGGUCUUUGGAAGCUGCUCUACAAUGCCUGUUCCAGAGAAAAGGGUCCAUGACAAUGAGCAUCCAGUGGAAAACACGUCAGCUUCAAAGCAAGCUUCACGAGGCUGACAUUGUGGUCCUAGGCUCACCUAAGCCAGAAGAGAUUCCCCUUACUUGGAUACAACCAGGAACUACUGUUCUCAACUGCUCCCAUGACUUCCUGUCAGGGAAGGUUGGGUGUGGCUCUCCGAGAAGACAUUUUGGUGGACUCAUUGAGGAAGAUGAUGUGAUUCUCCUUGCUGCAGCUCUGCGAAUUCAGAAUAUGGUCAGUAGUGGAAGGAGGUGGCUUCGUGAACAGCAGCACAGGCGGUGGAGACUUCACUGCUUGAAACUUCAGCCUCUCUCCCCUGUGCCAAGUGACAUUGAGAUUUCAAGAGGACAAACUCCAAAAGCUGUGGAUGUCCUUGCCAAGGAGAUUGGAUUGCUUGCAGAUGAAAUUGAAAUCUAUGGCAAAAGCAAAGCCAAAGUACGUUUGUCCGUGCUAGAAAGGUUAAAGGAUCAAGCAGAUGGAAAAUACGUCUUAGUUGCUGGGAUCACGCCCACCCCUCUUGGAGAAGGGAAGAGCACAGUUACCAUUGGGCUUGUGCAGGCUCUGACCGCACACCUGAAUGUCAACUCCUUUGCCUGCUUGAGGCAGCCUUCCCAAGGACCGACGUUUGGAGUGAAAGGAGGAGCCGCGGGUGGUGGAUACGCCCAGGUCAUCCCCAUGGAGGAGUUCAACCUUCACUUGACUGGAGACAUCCACGCCAUCACCGCUGCCAAUAACUUGCUGGCUGCCGCCAUUGACACAAGGAUUCUUCAUGAAAACACACAAACAGAUAAGGCUCUGUAUAAUCGGCUGGUUCCUUUAGUGAAUGGUGUCAGAGAAUUUUCAGAAAUUCAACUUGCUCGGCUAAAAAAACUGGGAAUAAAUAAGACUGAUCCGAGCACACUGACAGAAGAGGAAGUGAGUAAAUUUGCCCGUCUUGACAUCGACCCAUCUACCAUCACGUGGCAGAGAGUAUUGGAUACAAAUGACCGAUUUCUACGAAAAAUAACCAUCGGGCAGGGAAACACAGAGAAGGGCUAUUCCCGGCAGGCGCAGUUUGACAUCGCAGUGGCCAGCGAGAUCAUGGCAGUGCUGGCCCUGACGGACAGCCUCGCGGACAUGAAGGCACGGCUGGGAAGGAUGGUGGUGGCCAGUGACAAAAGUGGGCAGCCUGUGACAGCAGAUGAUUUGGGGGUGACAGGUGCUUUGACAGUUUUGAUGAAAGAUGCAAUAAAACCAAACCUGAUGCAGACCCUGGAAGGGACACCUGUGUUCGUGCAUGCGGGCCCUUUUGCUAACAUUGCUCAUGGCAACUCUUCAGUGUUGGCUGAUAAAAUUGCCCUGAAACUGGUUGGUGAAGAAGGAUUUGUAGUGACCGAAGCUGGCUUUGGUGCUGACAUCGGAAUGGAGAAAUUCUUCAACAUCAAGUGCCGAGCUUCCGGCUUGGUGCCCAAUGUGGUUGUGUUAGUGGCAACGGUGCGAGCUCUGAAGAUGCAUGGAGGCGGGCCAAGUGUAACCGCUGGUGUUCCUCUUAAGAAAGAAUAUACAGAGGAGAACAUCCAGCUGGUGGCAGACGGCUGCUGUAACCUCCAGAAGCAAAUUCAGAUCGCUCAGCUCUUUGGGGUUCCCGUUGUGGUGGCUCUGAAUGUCUUCAAGACCGACACCCGCGCUGAGAUUGACUUGGUGUGUGAGCUUGCAAAGCGGGCUGGUGCCUUUGAUGCAGUCCCCUGCUAUCACUGGUCGGUUGGUGGAAAAGGGUCGGUGGACUUGGCUCGGGCUGUGAGAGAGGCUGCGAGUAAAAGAAGCCGAUUCCAGUUCCUGUAUGAUGUUCAGCUUCCAAUUGUGGACAAGAUAAGGACCAUUGCCCAGGCUGUCUAUGGAGCCAAAGAUAUCGAACUCUCUCCUGAGGCACAAGCCAAAAUAGAUCGUUACACUCAACAGGGUUUUGGAAAUUUGCCCAUCUGCAUGGCAAAGACCCACCUUUCUCUGUCUCACCAACCUGACAGAAAAGGUGUGCCAAGGGACUUCAUCUUACCUAUCAGUGAUGUCCGGGCCAGCAUAGGCGCUGGGUUCAUUUACCCUUUGGUCGGAACGGUGCACCAGUGACAUCAUCACUCGGCUGGACUCUGGAAAGCAGGAAACUGCUGGAGCGUGUUUGGGGCAUCAGUGAUGUCACCCGCUACAAAUGCCGGGUGGAGUUACUGGACUGAGGGUGGCCCCGCCCUGAGGACUCACUGCCAUUCUGUCCUUUCUCACGUUUCAGUUCAGCUCAGUUUGUUUUCCGUCCCCCUCCCUCUACUGUAAAAGUAUGUACUCAGUGUUUCGUUUCCUGCUGGAUCCGAUUCAGGUCAGUGAUGAGGUUCUUUGCGAGCUCAGUGGGGAGGUGUUUCCUCCCCUUUGUACCGGCCCUACUUAGGGAUGCACGGUUUAUACACUUGCUUCACUCGGUUAGGCAUGGAGGAGAAUUCAUUCAGACCUCAUAGGUUUAAAUCAAAUGCAUGACCCUUCACAUUUUCCAGAGAUUUACGGUCAGUUACAGUGAGACAAUUAAACAUUCACCCCUCAAGCUGCACUUAGAGAUGUGUAAGCAGUAAUGUAGUCAUGCACUCCCCAUGAUGUGAGAGUGUGCAGAACGCCACUCCUCCCAGGAGGUCCGCCAGGACCUCCACAGGGAGCAUCUUGCCUGCAAAAUCACCCAUCCCUUUUUCCCCCCUCUCCACUUUCCCUACUUUUCCACUCCCACACCCACAAAUAAACAAAGAAACCUUGAGCUUAUUUUACAAAAGUCUUUGAAAUGGCCCUCGUCUCUCCGAUGCUCCUGGGCCCUGGUUUGGCCCCAUCUAUGCAAUCUCUCUGAUGAGUGUGAAAUAAGCCAGGUUUGGCUCAUGCUCUGCCCGUGAGCUUGCCCUCCCCAUGAGCCUGCCCUCUCCAUCUGGCCUCACUUUGUUUGUGUCCCUGUGUCCUUUGUCUCCGAUCCUGGGAUCCUGGUGGUUUCCUCCUCCCCGCCCAGCAUGGGUCCUUUUCCCCAGGGUUCUUCCCUAUCUCUACAUCAGAAUUUCCUGCUUUCUCCCAAAUAUGCAUUUCCCUGGCCCAGGCAUCCACUGCUUCCUCCCAUCGUGAGGUCCCUGCCGCAGGCUGCUGAUGGUGUUGUGGCCAUGCCUUCCUCCACAACCCAGGGAAAGCUACAUGUGUGUCUGUCCCAUAGGGAAGGAGUCAUCCCUGUCUCCUCAGUGCGGCAUGUUCAGGAGGAAGGAAAGUAACCGGCAUCAUUCUCAAUUUCCAGAAACUGUUUAUCAUAUUAACAAGAAAAAGAAAGCUUUGUGACUCAUGAGAAUGCCGUUUUCCUCUCUGGUACAUAAGGUUAUCUAGAUCCAAUCCAUUUGUGUAGAGGAUCUUCUCUCCCCUAGUGUGAUGUACACUUAUUUUUAGCACAAGUAUAAAACUACUUUAAAUGAAAUCAGCCUCAGCCAGGGAAAUAUGCUGAGUAAUAAUGUUGCCAGGUACAAUACCACAAAGUUGAGUUUGUAACUCACUGCUAUUAAUCCCUGUGUGUUAGUUCUGACUUUUUACUCUUUGCAUACAUAGAAAAAUGGUGUUUCUCUUCAGAGUCAAGGAGGGAAAAAAAGAAAAGAUAAAAGAUGCUUAUAACACUUUUGUGUCCACCCCUAAAAUCAGCAUAUUGAUCUAUUAUUUUUUUCUAGGUAUUGAUGAGAUAUUGACCCAUAUACUUUCAUACAACUGGUAAUAUAUAUAUAUAUAUAUAGACUCAUUUUUCUUCCACUUUCAUCUACAGCCUACUUGUUUUCUUCCCCCCAUUUUUCGUUUGGAUUCAUAGCAUAAAUUGACAACAAAGAUACAUCUCAAUUUAGAGCUUCCAAAAGGCACCCAUAAAAGUAUCUGGUGCUCGUGGAAUUUCUCUUUCUUCUAUGUCUCUUAGUUACACUUUUCUCUUGUUAUACUUUUCUAUCCCAGCCGUGGCUAAGAGGCGUAUAAUCAGAAGCAGCUAAGCAAUGUAUGCAAGGGAAAUAAAAUGAACGCAAACCAAGAUACCGGUUUUGUAAAUUAGAUACCCAGGCCACCCUCAGAGUCAGUUUGAGGGUUUAGUGGGAAGCCUGAAUAAAAAGAGAAGUUAAACUUUUAAGAAAAGGGUCAAGCUUUAAAACUGGAAUUGGCUUUUCAAAUUUAAUGAGUAAAAAGAAACCCCAAAACUGGAAUUGUAAUUGUGGAGAAAUAUAACUGAUAAUAUCUGGAACUUGCAGCAGUUUACAGGCUUAACUA